AUAGUUGAUCACUGCGAUGAAAUUAUAAGGGAUGGUGGGUUGUAAUGCGUAGAUUCAAUAGAUUUAUGAUACAGAGGCAGAUGUUAGACUUUUUUAUCUGUUUGGACAUCAUUUCCGCUGUGAUGAACGAUUAAACAUGUACUGCUUUACAGACGAAUACGCCGGAGCCGGAUUAAAAGGUAAAUGGCGAGGAUAAAGAAUCUGAGAAAUAGAGGUGGGUAUUUCAAAAGGAAGCUGGCGAAGAAGAAAAGGACAUCUUAAUCUUAACAAAAGGAUGGAAUAACACACGUCAUUUGCCUUUUCUGUGCACGAUUUUAAAAUGGCUAAGACAAAUAAAAAGCCUUAUGAAUGUUCUCUAAGGAUAAAAAUGUAGAAAACGCUCUGAGUGUAGGAUUUAGAGUACAAUGUCUGAUAAAACAGGGAUGAUAUCUGAGGUGUACAAUGCAUCAUACUGUAACCUUCGUGGGGUGGUUGCGGCUGUCAUUCUUUGGAUGGGAUUCAUCUAUUUCUACGUGGCGUAUAUGGAAGGUGAAGGGUAAAAUCAGAGGCGGUGACUCUCAGUUUCGUUUGAAACGGAUGGAUUGGGUUGUUCUCAUUGUCAUCGUGAUGGCCAUUUUAUUACUCUAUUCUGUCGACUGAUCAACCUUGACCGCAGACUGCGUAUUAAACUGCAUUUUAGUCGUUUAUCAAAGUGCUGCAUGCAGCGACUAUCUUUGUAAAUACAGUUGGUGUACAUUGGUGUUAUAGAUUUAGCUCAUCGAUUACAAAACUAUCGAUUACAAUAACGUGAUAGUUCAAAUGAACUAUAACAGAAAAUGUUACUGAUCAGCGUUGGCUCAGCUGUGUGUUCGGCUCUUUCCACCUUCAUUUUGACUCCUGUCGGUCUUAAACCAGCGAAGAAUUGACGGGCAUUGGUGUUGAUUUGUUUAAUGGUAAGGAAGGCCAUUCAUACCAUUAGGUUAAAUCUGGCGUGAAGCUCGAACCAUCAAUAUUGCGUGCAACAGAUGCAAUCAGCUUUAGUGCCUUAUUCUUGACAGCCAUGACUACUGAGUGAUGGGGUGGCUGACAUUGGUUUGUCUGUGUUUCGCCAAUGAGAGUUUGUUUGCCUCAGAACCUGAGAGCAGUUCAGUGUCCUAGCCGCCGUUAUGAUGUUAUCAGUUCGCUUGGUUACCAGGGAUGCGUGGUGGUUAGUAGUAUGGUGAUUAUAUCGUGAUCUAUCUUGGCAAGAAGUGGAGAGAGAACAAUGUAAAACGCGCCAUUUAUCAUGUUCAUAUCAGAAGGACCAUGUAUCAAGAUACCUUAAAGGCUUAUGUGGUCAUUCUCUCGUCAGCUUUAAACUGUGUAAAUCGUGCUAAGGCAUAGUCUAUGCAAAUCCCUUCUCUGGGAAAGCAGCUAGCUAGCGGUACCGUAAACAUCUGAUCGAGACAUUCAUGGAUGCUGGGUAAACAGUCAUUCGUCGUCCAAGCACAGGUGAUUAUUCGAGAAUAACGUCAACAGAGCUACAGAAUGGGUAAAAUGCCUGUUAAAGCAAUAAGCAUGUUGAAAGUCCAUCGUUCAUUGUAAAGGCCGAGGAAGACAGGUCGUUCAUGGAGAGAGGAUAUCACCAUCUGACUGCCGCUGACAAAUGAGGAAGGUCACACGAAGUCUCUCCAUCAUCAUUCUCCUUAAUGACUGGUGACAGCGGUUAUGGAUGCAAACGACCACUUAAAGGUCACGGUCACCGCCAAGAACAAUUACUUGUGUGUGCGUAAGGAGUCAUCAGACUCUUAAUGAAGGAACAAUAUUUACGUUCUGAGGCUCAGGUAGCAAUGAUGUCCAGGGGACCGAAUACUACGCAUCUUGUGUGUCCCGCGAGUACAUGUCGGAGGUGGUACCCUAUUAAAGAAGGUGACUCGGAGGAAGAAGCGAAGCAACUCCGUCUGGCCGACAGCCGCACCUCCGCACUGACGAUGUACGGUAUUCUUCUAGAAAGCGUUGAGCACUAUGUGCGCCUUCUUUACGGCGAUGAGAACUGGCAGGCUGUCAGAGAACGUGCCUCCAUCACCAACAAGGAGUUCACCACGCAUUGCCAGUACCCAAACGAAUACAUGACACGAAUAGCGGACGCAUGCGCGCAUGUCCUCAAAGAUAAAGAAGAAGCAAAGGACUUUAUGCGCUUCUUUGGACACUGUUUUGUUGACUUUUUUCGCCAUUACGGGUACGACCAAAUCAUGCGAAUUUCUGGCAGACACUAUCGGGACUUUCUCCAUGGGAUAGACAACCUUCAUGAAACGAUGAGAUUCAGUUAUCCGAAGUUAAGGAGUCCGUCGUUUUUUGUUGAAAAAGAGGACUCAAAUGGGUGUAUUUUGCAUUAUCGGUCGAAAAGGGUGGGAUUUUCACAUUAUGUUAUUGGCCAGUUGGAGUGUUGUGGAAAGACUUUUUAUGAUGUGGAAGUCAAAGUUAGAAUUCUGUCGGAGGAAACCUCGGACAGUUCCUUCCACGUUGUAUUUCGAUUAGACUUCGAUAAUUCUGCAUACAUUCCCGCGAUAAACAAAGUCAAGCUGACUGACCACGCUGAAUAUUCUCCUGUGGAACUGAAAGUAUUCUUCAAGGUCUUCCCAUUCAGUAUUGUGUUCAAUGAUGAGCUUGUUGUUCAAAACACAGGCGAGAACCUUCAUGUCUUGUUUGGUGAUCGCAAACUCAGCGGCUGUGAUCUCAGGAAAUUGUUUCGCCUCCGCCGUCCAAGAAUGGAAUUCACCUGGGAGAACCUAUUUUGCCUGCAGCGAGUGGUGUUUGAACUAGAAGCAGUAGACUUAAGUACAAAACAGAAACCCCUGAAGAAGGCUGAACGCAGUAAUAAACGUACCGAGCUAAUCCUCAGGGGCCAGAUGAAGUUUAUUGAAAAAUGGAAUGCAAUGGCUUUCCUCUGCAAUCCACUGCUGGGAAAUAUAAAAGAGAUGCAGGAAGUGGGUCUCUACAUCAACGAUUUGAAUAUGCACGACAACAGUCGCGAUAUGGUUCUUGCAGGAUGGCAGCAUGCCUCAACCUUAGAAUAUUCUAUAGAAAAGCAAAUCGAGAAGAGUAAACAGAUUGAGGAGACUGUUACAAAGCUCGACCACUUGAAGCAUCAGAGUGAGUCGCUGUUAUACUCAAUGAUUCCCAAGUCGAUCGCCGUCAAGCUCAAGAAUGGAGAGAAUCCGAUGAACACUUGUCAGAUCUUUCGGGAGGUGACAAUCAUGUUUAGCUAUUUGAUCGGCUUCACGGGUUUGUUUGCCAAGGUCCCGCCCAUGGAAGCAGUGCAGGUGAUCAGCUCCAUGUUCACUCUCUUCGACACUGUAUCAGACAAGUAUGACGUGUUCAAGGUUGAAACUCUUGGUGAUGCUGUGUAUAUGGUAGCAGGAGGGGUUCCAGAUUGGACGCCAAACCAUGCAACGAAUGUUGCAGGCCUUGCAUUAGAUUUGACCAAGCAGAUAUGUUCCCUUGAUGAUCCUUCCAAUCCUGGCAAGUCGUUGAUGGUGCAAAUAGGGAUGCACACAGGUGGCGUGGUAGCAGGAGUCGUGGGAAAGAAGAUGCCACAGUAUUGUCUCUUUGGUGAUACGGUCAAUACAGCUUCCAGGAUGCAGUCCUAUAGCAGGGCAGGCCUCGUCCAUGUGAGCGAGCCUUGUAACCAUUGUCUUCAGGGAGAUGACUAUGUGACGGUGUAUAGAGGGACGGGUAAUGUGAAGGGCAAAGGUGAGAUGAAGACUUACUGGUUGGUGGGGAGGAAGACGGACCCAGAUAUUGAGCAGAAAGUGAAAUUACUACAGUCAAGACCAGAAGAGAAAAUAACUAAGGCCCCGGCAGAGCCAGCAACGUCACCUCCCCAAACCGAAACCAAUGCUUACAAUGGAUUGCAUACAGCCUCGAACCAGUGACUUAAAAUUCUUUACAUUUCCGAUGAGACUACACUCCCAACGCAGCGACUCAGCUUGUCUCUCCCCUACAUGAGUUCAGGAUGACGAAUGGAUUGUCUCUGGAGUAUAUAGUCAGGAGUAAACGACCUGCGUUUUGCCAUGUGGAAGAUGUGACGUGGAAAUAAGUCUGGCACACCAGAUGAAUUCGUCUCCAAGUACUAUAACUUUCACUUUUGAUCUUGAACUUUGUACAGCACCGUAGUCUGGUGAAUGAAAUCUUGAAUAAAAUGUUGGC